AUGAUUUCUCUUUUGUUCUUCUGGCUGAAGAAAUAUUCCAUUUCAAUUAUCUCUUUUUCAGUUUUUGUUUUUCGCAUUUCCCUCACUCUUUGGUCUCUGCGAGCUUUUAUACCAUUCUUUGUGCUAGCUUAUUCCUCAAUGUCUGUUUUUUAUUUACUCAUCAAGCAGAUUGAGUUCUUCUGUUGUUGCCAUUAUGAUACCAGAAAGAACUGCCUCUCUCCUGUCUCUGGUCUCUUCUUCGUCUCUUCUUCGUCUCUCUUCUCUCUUCUUCGUCUCUUCUUCGUCUCUUCUGUCUCUCUUCUCUCUUCUUCGUCUCUUCUUCGUCUCUUCUGUCUCUCUUCUCUCUUCUUCGUCUCUUCUUUGUCUCUCCUCUCUCUUAUUCGUCACUUCUGUCUCUCUUCUCUCUUUUUCGUCACUUCUUUCUCUCUUCUCUCUUUUUCGUCUCUUCUUCGUCUCUUUUCUUCGUCUCUUCUGUCUCUCUUCUCUCUUCUUCGUCUCUUCUUCGUCUUUCUUCUCCGUCUCUUCUGUCUCUCUUCACUCUUCUCUGUCUCUUCUGUCUCUCUUCUCUCUUCUUUGUCUCUUCUUCGUCUUUCUUCUUCGUCUCUUCUGUCUCUCUUCACUCUUCUCUGUCUCUUCUGUCUCUCUUCUCCCUUCUUCGUCUCUUCUUCGUCUCUCUUCUCUCUUCUUCGUCUCUUCUGUCUCUCUUCUCUCUUCUUCGUCUCUUCUUCGUCUCUCUUCUCUCUUCUUCGUCUCUACUUCGUCUCUCUUCUCUCUUCUUCGUCUCUUCUCUCUCUCUCUUCUCUCUUCUUCGUCUCUUCUUCGUCUCUCUUCUCUCUUCUUCGUCUCUACUUCGUCUCUCUUCUCUCUUCUUCGUCUCUUCUCUCUCUCUCUUCUCUCUUCUUUGUCUCUUCUUCGUCUUUCUUCUCUCUUCUUCGUCUCUUCUAUCUCUCUCCUCUCUUCUUCGUCUCUUCUUCGUCUCUCUUCUCUCCUCUUCGUCUCUUCUGUCUCUCGUCUCUCUUCUUCGUCUCUCUUCUCUCUUCUGUCUCUUCUCUCUUCUUCGUCUCUUCUUCGUCUCUCUUCUCUCCUCUUCGUCUCUUCUGUCUCUCGUCUCUCUUCUUCGUCUCUCUUCUCUCUUCUGUCUCUUCUCUCUUCUUCGUCUCUUCUUCGUCUCUCUUCUCUCUUCUGCGACUCGUCUGA